CGUCGACGCACGGGGCCCGGCGAGCAACACCUACCUGCACGGCAGCCGGACCUCGGCAGCUCCUGGUCGGGGCCGGGCUGCAGCGAUGGCCUCCGCGGCCGUGGAGAACUUCGUGACCAAGCAGUUGGACCUCCUGGAGCUCGAGAGAGACGCGGAGGUCGAGGAGCGCAGGUCCUGGCAGGAAAACAUCUCUCUGAAAGAGCUCCAGAGCCGAGGUGUCUGUUUGCUGAAGCUACAGGUAUCCAGCCAGCAGACUGGGCUGUAUGGACGGCUCCUGGUCACCUUUGAGCCCCGGAGAGGCGUGUCUGCAGGAGUGCUUCCCAGUAACAGCUUUACUUCCGGUGAUAUAGUGGGUCUAUAUGAUGAAGGAAGUCAGCUGGCCACUGGCAUCCUGACCCGCAUCACCCAGAAAUCAGUCACGGUGGCCUUCGACGAAGCCAAUGAUUUCCAGCUGAGCUUGGACCGAGAGAGUUCCUACCGGCUGGUAAAACUGGCCAAUGACGUCACUUACAAGCGACUGAAAAAAGCUCUAAUCACCCUAAAGAAGUAUCACUCUGGACCCGCAUGCUCCCUCAUCGAGGUCCUCUUCAGCGACUCCGCCCCCAGUCCUGCCAGCGAACUACAGCCGCUGGUUUUCUACAACGCCUCCCUGGACGCCUCCCAGAAGGAAGCGGUUUUGUUUGCGCUGUCCCAGAAGGAGCUCGCCAUCAUCCACGGGCCUCCUGGCACUGGGAAAACUACCACGGUGGUUGAAAUCAUCCUUCAAGCUGUGAGGCAGGGCUGCAAGGUCCUGUGCUGCGCGCCCUCCAAUGUUGCCGUGGACAACCUGGUGGAGCGUCUGGCGCAGUGGAAGCGAAGGGUCCUGCGUCUUGGACACCCCGCCCGGCUUCUGGGCUCCAUCCAGCAGCACUCCCUGGACGCGGUUCUAGCACGCAGCGACAGCGCCCAGGUCAUCGCGGACAUCCGGAAGGACAUCGACCAGGCCUCCGUGAAAAACAAAAAGACCCAGGAUAAGAGAGAGAAAAGUAACUUUCGAAACGAAAUGAAGCUGUUAAGGAAGGAGCUGAAGGAAAGGGAAGAAGCAGCGAUGCUGGAAAGCCUGAAGUCGGCAGAUGUGGUCCUGGCCACAAACACAGGUGCUUCUUCCGACGGCCCCCUGAAGUUGCUGCCUGAUGGCUACUUCGAUAUGGUGGUCAUCGAUGAGUGUUCCCAGGCCCUGGAAGCCAGCUGCUGGGUCCCGCUGCUGAGGGCCAGAAGGUGCAUUCUGGCUGGAGACCACAAGCAGCUGCCGCCCACCACGGUCUCUCACAAGGCUGCGCGGGCUGGGCUGUCGCUCAGCCUGAUGGAGCGUCUGGCCCAGAAGCACGGUGACACGGUGGUACGGACGCUGACCGUGCAGUACCGGAUGCACCGCGCCAUCAUGCAGUGGGCCUCAGACGCCAUGUACCACGGGCAGCUCACGGCACACCCUUCUGUGGCCGGCCACCUCCUGCGGGACCUCCCGGGAGUGGCUGCCACAGAGGACACGGGCAUUCCCCUGCUGCUUGUGGACACAGCCGGCUGCGGGCUGUUCGAACUGGAAGAGGAGGAUGAGUCUAAAGGAAACCCCGGUGAAGUGCUCCUCGUCAGUCUACAUGUCCAGGCUCUGCUGGAUGCUGGCGUCCAAGCGAGUGACAUUGCCGUCAUCACACCAUACAACCUGCAGGUGGACCUGCUCAGACAGAGCCUCUCUCACAAGCACCCCAAGCUUGAAAUUAAGUCAGUCGAUGGCUUCCAAGGCCGCGAGAAGGAGGCUGUGGUACUGUCCUUCGUCAGAUCGAAUAGGAAAGGUGAAGUUGGUUUCCUUGCCGAGGACCGGAGGAUCAAUGUCGCCGUCACCCGCGCUCGGCGCCACGUGGCGGUUGUCUGCGAUUCUCACACUGUCAACAACCACACUUUCUUGAAGACCCUGGUGGAUUAUUUCACCGAGCACGGGGAGGUGCGCACAGCCUUUGAGUAUCUCGAUGACAUCGUCCCUGAAAACUAUUCCUAUGAGAGUUCCCAGGGUCCCGGCCGAGCUGGUGCAAAGCCUCCAGGCUCUUCCCCGUGUGCCAGGAAGCCUGGAAGUAGGCAGCAGGAGGGAGCCCGGGGGCCCAGAGCGGCUGCCAGGCUGGCCCAGAAGACACCGCGCGGGAAGCCUCUGGGCCCUGAGGGCCACACUCAGCUCAGUCUCAACGGAGUCAGCCCAGAGGGAGUGGAGAGCAGAGACAGUGCAGCCCACUUACGGGCUGUCAUAGCAGAGUUUGUGGCGAGUGAGCAGACGCGGCUGGAGUUUCCUGCUUCCCUGAACUCGCACGACAGGAUGCGCGUCCACCAGAUCGCUGAGGAGCACGGGCUGAGGCAUGACAGCGCCGGACAAAGGAAAGAGAGAUUCAUCACUGUGAGCAAGAGGGUGCCGCCGGCUCCACCUGCCCCGCUGGCACCACCUGCCCCGCCGGCACCACCUGCCCCGCUGGCCCCGGCCCCGCCGCCUCCACCCUGUGCUGAGCCUCCCGUCAGGGAGCCCAGCGGCCCAGACCAGCUAGACCUGAAGGCCCUGCACCUGGAGAGACUGCAGAGGGGGAGGGGUGGGCAGGAGCAGCGAACCAAGGAGCUCCAGCAGGCCACGGGCUCGGGGACGCGGAAGGUACCAGACAAGAAAAAGAAAAAAGCCAAAGGACCUGUGGCCGUAGACCUGCCCGCCAAGGAGGACCUGGACGCUCUGGUCUCGGCUGUCAUGGAGGCCGAUAACACUUGUGGCUUUUCCAAGUGCACAGCCAGCGUCGUGACUCUGGGCCAGCUCUGCCGGCACUGCGGCCACCUCUAUUGCCUCAGCCACCACCUGCCCGAGAUCCACGGCUGUGGGGAGAGGGCUCGUACCCACGCCCGGCAGAGAAUCAGCCGGGAAGGAGUCCUCUACGCCGGCAGUGGGACCAAGGACAGGUCCCUGGCCCCAGCCAGGAGGGCCCAGCUCCAGAGGAGGCUGGAUAAGAAGCUGGAUGAGCUGGCCAGUCAGAGGAGGAGCAAACGGGAGAAGGAAAAGUGACGCCGGGCCUUCAUACGCGGCCUCCAGAGCUUGUGUGAAAAUGCAGGCGAGAGCGAGCAGGGCUGUCCCCUGGCCGCUUUCUGUUCCUUGUAGCUGCUCCCGGUGACAGUGUGCCACCAGACCCACGCUAUGUCUACCAGCUGCACGGGGCACAGGGCCUUUGGGAAGAAGGGUGGGCUUUCCGACCUGGCCAGGAGCUUUUCUAAGAGGACGGAUGGAGGAGAGCCCCGGGGCCCAGUCACUGCCCGCUGGCCCUUUCUCAUGGUGAGGGCUGGGCUGGCCCCAGAAUGCCGCGUCCCCUUCCUCCCGCCCUGGACUGGUCCCUAGUCUCUUCCUUCCCUCCCAGUCAAACCGAAUCUUGGGGUGCUGCCACGAGGGACAGGAAGGCUCUGUUCCCUUGGACAUGUGCCUGGGCACCCUCCCUCCCCCGCCCACGUCUGGCACUGGCCAGCUUUCAGCCGUGCAGGAUGAGGGGGCACUUGAAAACCCCAUUAAUGUGCCUGGAGACGGUGUCUGAGAACGCUGGGCGUUUCUCCGUGUGUCCCCCUGUGGCUGGCUCACCCUUUGUUGGAGCUGUGACUUCACCGAGGCCAUUUCAGUCUGUCUUCUGUCCCUGGUGGCUGCAGUGGCCACACCCGAACCCCCGACAUGGGAGUAGAGUGGCUCUGGCCGCUCCCUGCUCCCCUGAAGCCUGGAGGUCCCUGCUUGGGUGUGAGUCACGAAGGCGCCCUGGCCCCUCCCGGGUGCCGCGGGUGGGAACAGAGUGAAAUGGCUGCUCCUGGGGUCAGGCCUGGAAAAGCUGUCCCAAAUGCGUGCACAGGCCGAGGCCCCUCCCAGGCGUCCCCGUGUCCUUUGCUGGCUGUUUAUUCAAGAGACCUCAUUUGGAUGCGUUUGAGCCUCAGGGUUUCAUUUGAGCCUCAGGGUUUCAUUUGAGCCUCAGGGUUUUAUUUGUUUCAAAGGGAAGUAAGUUAUUUAAAAUUAAAGUGCGUGCCCACUGCC